AUGCCCUUGGGUGGAGCAGCACAGAAUACACCUGGUUCAGCACCUGCUUCACCAGCACCUACACAUCAUGUCCCAUCAACAACAGCAACAAGUACGACGACGACUACGAUGACUACAGCAUCGACAUCACCACAAUCCUCAACACCAAAGCAAGUGACACCUGUACCAUCACCUCCACAAUCACAUCAUUCUACAUCGACUGCCGCCACACCGACUACUCCUCAACCUUCUAUUACAACACCUCAAGUACUCACACCACCUUCAACACAUAAGCCUGCACCCGCCACAACACCAACUCCAUCAGCCGCAGCUACAUCAUCAACAACACCAGCAGCUUCAACACCAAGUUCAAGCAACACACAACAACAACAACAACAGAACAUAUCGCCUCCAUUGAAGCCUGUAACACCUAUUAGCGGCACAUCAAGUAGUAGUAGUGCGGCAUCAAACAGCAGCAACAGCAGCAAUCAAUAUAAGAGUACAAGCAGCUAUACUACCAAGCAGUACAUCCCGACCAAGGUUCAACAGAAGGAGUUGACAUCUGAUAUGUUCAAGGGUGUAGACUUCUCGUCGACUUUGUUCGUCGAGGACCUCACCAGACGACUUGUGAACGAGCAGGUUAGCUCGGAUGGAGUGCACUUUGAUCCACUGCCAUUCAAUGUCCUUUUUGCCGAGACACAGAUCAAGCUGGCGCAGCUCGAGACCAACCUCGACCGACGUCUGGAUAACCUCGUCGAUGAGUGCAACGAGUACUCGACUGAGCUCAAACAACGAAUGCAGGCCGUGCAGCAGUCGCACCAGGACGCAUUCCAGCACUUUAGAGAGCUGGAGCGUGGUGUCAACACGAUUGGCGCCCAAGCUGUUCACUUUGGCGAUGAGCUGGACAGCGUCAACCAGCAGAGAAACAAGGCACAGAGCGCCCUUUCGCUGAUCAACUACCUGCUGGAGCUCAACGAUCCGACACAGAGCCAGCGCUCAGACAUCUUUACAAACAGCGAGCGUAUCCACGAGCUGGCGCAGCUGGUCAAGAAGCUGAGCAGUGUCAGCGAGGACAUCAAGGAGAUCACCGAUCUGGACAAGGGCAAGCUGGAGGCAGAGAGUCUGAGCAACACAUUGGAGAACGAUCUGAUCAGCCAGUUUGAGCGCGCACAGGACAGGAACGAUCUGGACAAGAUGAAGCAGUGCGCCACCACGCUGUACAACUUCAACGGCGGUUCAAGGUGUCGCUCGACCUAUGUACAGAAGCUCAGGAUGUUCUUUGACGUGGCGUCGUUGCGUGCCGAUGAGAGCAUGGCACAGAAUGUAUCCAAGCGAGUCAUCAGGAAGAACAUCAUCAUGAAGGAUCCACGAUUCAAGACCUUCUACAAAGAGAUCCAGAAGGAUGUAUCACGCGAACAAAACAUCAUCCAAGCAGUCUUUAUCAAUCAGACCUCUGCAAUGAGCAUGCUCAUCAGGAGAAUCUUUGAACAAAGAGUGAAAGCAUUCAUUGAUAAUACGUUAUACAUGGAGAAGACGAACUUGGCAUACCUCCAGACACUGCACAUUGCAUAUCGCAAGACAAAGAAGCAUUUGGUAGAGCCACUGUCAUCGUAUGGCAUCGCAGGCAUUGACUUUAAUGAGCUGCUCAGUGGUAUAUUCUUCCCUCUACAAGAGGGCUACAUCAAGAAGGAGUUAAGCUCUCUACGUGACAUUCUCGCUGGUCUUGUUGCCGAUGACAAGGAGAUGUCUGGCGAAGAGGGUCUCAACCAAGAGUUCACCCAAACACUCAUCCAACAGACUGAGAGCGCACUCAAACGAUGUCUACUGCUCUCUCCUGACUUCACAUUGGGCGAGAACAUCAAGUCCAUCUUCUUCUUGUUGCUUCAAGGAUUAUGCACAGAGUUUAUUGAAUCAAAGCUACACCUGGCAAUGAAGACGAUACAUGUGGUGGACUCCAAGGCACAAAUGACACUUAAUCGACUGUUUAUGAUCAUUCUCAAUAUUAAUCAGGUGGUGGGCCAGGUGCAGACAUUAUACCAACUCUACGUUCUGCCACCAAUCCUCACCAACAUGGCUGUACAAUCACAGACAUCGGAGCAGCUGUACUACAACAUAUCCACACUGGAGUCUAACAUUUGCAAGGCACUGGAAACAUCACUGAACACCAUGAUCGGACUGAUUGAGAAAGUCUUGUUGGAACAAAAGAAGAAUGAUUACCUUGGAGACGACUAUGACAACAAUGUGACGGCAACAUGUACAAACGUGAUCAAGCUCAUCAAUUCACUUUAUGAACUCUGCAAGAGUUGUCUGCAAGGCAAGAACCUCACGAUAUAUGUUGAGGAGCUUGGACUAAAGAUUCAAGUGGUAUUCUUGAAUCACUUCAAGAAAUAUAAGAUUGGACAGGGACCUGGAGCAUUGAAGUUGAUCAGAGACUUGAACUCGUAUAAGGACCUGUCAAAGAUAUUCAAGAGUCACAGGGUGGAGGAGUUGUUCGAGGUGCUGUUUGAGAUAUCCAAGCUGCACUUUGUCGGACCAGAGAACUUCAAGUCGGUCGUCGAGGGUGGUCCGUUGUCCAGGAUGGACAGGAACGAUCUCAUCGCCUUUAUCAAGCAGCGAUCCGACUUCAAGUCACCAUGGUUGGACAUGAUAUAA